CUUUCAAAAAUGCUCGCGUGAACUCUCUUCUCAAGUCAACCAUAAAAUAACCAACCUUUUAUAGUAAUACCCUCUCCGGCCACGAAGAAGACGAAAGGAGGUAAAAUGGCGAACAAGCUCAAAGUCAACGAACUCCGUGCAAAGCUCGCCGAGCGUGGACUUAUUACCACCGGACUCAAACCCGUUCUGGUGGAGAGGCUUGAAGAGGCUAUCGCACAAGACGCAAAGAAGGUAAAAUCGAAGAGCAGGAGGAAAAGAAACAGGGACUCUUCGGAUAGUACUCAUGACUCAAACAAGUUGAUUGCAAUCGGCGAGUUUCGUGCGAUGAAUGUGAAGGAGUUGCGGAAGGAAGCUAGUAAGAGAGGCUUAGCUACAACGGGUACCAAGAAGGAACUUCUCGAGAGGCUCUGCAAUGAUGAAGCUCAAGAUGACAAGAAUGGUCUCGAAGAAGAGAAAUCAACAAAGAAGGGAGCAGCGGUAUUGGAUCAAUGGAUUCCUGAUCACGUAAAGAGCGAGUACCAUGUUCUACAAAGGGGUGAUGAUGUUUAUGAUGCCAUGUUGAACCAGACAAAUGUCAGGGAUAAUAAUAACAAAUUCUUUGUCCUACAAGUGCUAGCGUCUGAUAACAAGAAAACAUAUAUGGUCCACUUCAGAUGGGGAAGAGUUGGUGUGAAAGGACAAAGUAAACUAGAUGGGCCUUAUGACUCAUGUGAUCCUGCAAUAGAAAUAUUCAGCAACAAGUUCUAUGACAAGACAAGGAAUCAUUGGUCUGACAGAAAGGAGUUUAUCUUUCAUCCCAAGUCCUAUGCAUGGCUUGAAGUGGACUAUGGCAAAGAAGAAAAUGAUUCAGUUGUGAGUUUUUUUGGAAUCCUGACUGAUGCCUCUCUCUAUAUUUUAGAAUUCUUUUUAUUUAUUUAUCGAUUACAAGAUAGAGAUAAAAGAAAACUCAAAGUCAACGAACUCCGUGCAAAGCUCGCCGAGCGUGGACUUAUUACCACCGGACUCAAACCCGUUCUGGUGGAGAGGCUUGAAGAGGCUAUCGCACAAGACGCAAAGAAGGUAAAAUCGAAGAGCAGGAGGAAAAGAAACAGGGACUCUUCGGAUAGUACUCAUGACUCAAACAAGUUGAUUGCAAUCGGCGAGUUUCGUGCGAUGAAUGUGAAGGAGUUGCGGAAGGAAGCUAGUAAGAGAGGCUUAGCUACAACGGGUACCAAGAAGGAACUUCUCGAGAGGCUCUGCAAUGAUGAAGCUCAAGAUGACAAGAAUGGUCUCGAAGAAGAGAAAUCAACAAAGAAGGGAGCAGCGGUAUUGGAUCAAUGGAUUCCUGAUCACGUAAAGAGCGAGUACCAUGUUCUACAAAGGGGUGAUGAUGUUUAUGAUGCCAUGUUGAACCAGACAAAUGUCAGGGAUAAUAAUAACAAAUUCUUUGUCCUACAAGUGCUAGCGUCUGAUAACAAGAAAACAUAUAUGGUCCACUUCAGAUGGGGAAGAGUUGGUGUGAAAGGACAAAGUAAACUAGAUGGGCCUUAUGACUCAUGUGAUCCUGCAAUAGAAAUAUUCAGCAACAAGUUCUAUGACAAGACAAGGAAUCAUUGGUCUGACAGAAAGGAGUUUAUCUUUCAUCCCAAGUCCUAUGCAUGGCUUGAAGUGGACUAUGGCAAAGAAGAAAAUGAUUCAGUUAUCCCCAGGUUGCCAAGUUCAUCUCUCUUAUAUGCAAUGUAACCAUGAUGGCACAGCAAAUGAUGGAACUAGGUUGGUCUCUUUCUUACUUCAUUAAGUGAGGGCAUGCAUAGGCAGAUUGUCGUAGUGCUUCUCAUAUAUUUUCGAUAUUUGAACUUUGAAGGAUACAACGCUAAAG